AUGUCCUCGAGCUACGCGCCGCCCUCCAACGAUGGCGGUGUUGUGAAUUUGGUCGGUGGCGGCAGGAGUAGUGCCGAGGCCGAUUCCUCGACAUCACAGCCGCAGCAACAACAACGACCACAACAGCAAUUGCCCGGACUUUCACCUCUCCAUGCCAUUGCAACCAGUGCGACACAGCACCAGCAGCAAUACCAAAACCACCAACGCCGAGCAUCGCAAUCCGAUGUCCACUCCAAUUCCCGACAGACGGCGCAAUCUCAGGGACUCCCCUCCCCGGUGACGCCUAGAUAUGAGUCCUCGGCGCAGUCGACUGUGGCUUCGGCGCAACAUAGUCUUCAAAUCCUUCAAGCCGCCACUGCGACUUCAACCACCGCUGCCGGGCCCACUCCGUUGCCAGCUAUCCAGGACGCCGGUAUUUCCCAACAGCCUCGGGAGCAGCACCACUACCCACCGUUAGCCCCGAUACCGCAUGGAUUUGAGCAACAGCAGCAUCCCCCAUACCCCGCCACGAGCCCCGACAGCCAGGCUGCAUCAGGUUACGAUGGUUUGCCAUACUCGCCGACAGCGCCAUCGCCCGGUAGUGCCGCUGGCCCUUCGCCUCCGGCCGGGGCCACAAUGCCUACAAAGCAGACGCGCUUGCGACGGGCGUGCGAUAUGUGCAGCGCGCGCAAGGUCAAGUGCGAUGAAGCCGGGCCCCCGUGCUGGAACAACUCGCCGGAGACGCCCGCUGUCGCUGCUCCGGCCAGCGCGAGUCCUGAAGUCUCGCAAAGCACCGCUCCUGUUACAGGGGCCCAGCAGGCGAACCAAGGACAAAUGCUCGGCGCAGAGUCUAUUGCGCCGUGGCCAAUGCUGGAGCUGCUCAUUGACGACUACUAUACCUAUAUUCAUCCCUUGAUACCUUUUCCUCACGAACCUAGCUUCCGCCGUGCGUUCGAGAACAGGGAAGACAAAACAAAUCCAGUCUUCCUGGUGAUGAUAGAUCAUUGUCGCGACGUUGCACUAAGGGCUAGGGGGCAUACAUUUGCAGUGAAGGAGUCAUACACCAUCGAGGAUGCUUCGACAAGUUACUUGCUUGCAAUUGCCAGUGGUUACACCAUGCAGUGGAAAGCCUGUCGUCGUUUCAUGUCCGAAACAUUGACGAUAGUGCGAGAGCUAGGGUUCCAUCUUGCCAGGCGCAACCCUCAAAUUUUGGGCGCAGCUGGAGAUAAUUAUGAGAUGGGGCAAACAAGCCCAAGGAACCACAUACACGAUCAGAUGGGCAAGCGAAUCUUUUGGGUUGUUAUGGUGGGCGUCAGGUCCAUGGUUCAGCUGGGAGCUUCAACUAGGGAAAUACCUUUCCCUCCCCCAACGACUGGUGAAUCGUUUCCAGGAUUCCCCGCCGAGGUCGACGAUGAGUACAUCACAGAGACUGAGAUUCGGCCGCAGCCUCCAGGUACAGUCUCUCAGAUAGCCGGUUUCAACGCCGGUAUCAGGAUAUACUCAACCAUGAACCCGCUUGUGGCUGUUGAGCUGUCCUACGGGAUCGGUAGCAUUUCCUUGCGGGAACAGGAGGAUCUCCUCGCCGGCUGCAUUCAGGCGGUAAAGCAUGCCAUUGACAACUUGCCGCCAGAACUCCGACUGAAUAUUGACCUCUCGCCUGUGAACGAUAAGCCGACAGGGUCCGACAACAACGCUUCGGCACUCAACUUUGACUUUUCCAAGAUUCAAGGAACGCACCGGGAUCUUUUCGAAGACGCGCCAGGGUACCAGUAUUUUCCACCGGCAUACCCCAACCAGCAGCCGGCCAAUGACGUCAGACAUGUCAUUGUGAACCAGCCAGAACGUCGAAGGCUUCUCCAAUGGGAGAUACAAAAGUCCAACAUAUAUGUUUCACUACUAUCAACACUGUCGUAUUACGUGGAACGAUGCUUUACGCUUAGAGAUGCGCAUCACUCAAGAGGAAUGUAUGCAAAUGGAGGGUCUGACAACACCACCGACCAACACGCGGCAAACAGGCCCUCCACUACGGUUGACGGAGUCGACAAGCCCGACGAGUUUGCCAUUGAACGCGAACGUAUAGUACAGAACUUGCUCGUGGUCCUCGCGUCCAUAACGCAGCGUAACAUGGAGCCCAACGGACCCUCCAUCAUCAACAAAAUCCGCCAGGUCGCUUCGACGCUCCUCGCCGACGCGCCAGAACGUAAAGGCCCGGUGGCGGUCAAGUCUGAAGAGACGCUGAAGCAUUUUGUUGACAUACUCAUCAGGUUGGAGAAGACGGGCGGGCCAGGUGCCAGCAGCAGACGGCCGCCCGCUUCAGCCGAGUCGUUGGAUCCCCAGAUCGGCGCCGGAGUCAUGACGCCGAUGGACGAAGAAGAAGAGUUGAGGACGUGGGCGGAUUUGCGAGAGUUUCAGCUACGGUUUGCGCAAAAUGGAGGAUUCACGGGAGGCAUGUAA